AUGGGCAAUGGAUCGUCAUCGUGUCCCAAUAAUGGCGGACUCCUUGCUCUCCUCUAUUGCCACUUUUCACACGACGAAAUCAUCAUCACUGAUCCAAUAAAGUUUUCAUUCAUCGGACCUAUUCCUGAAGCUAUGCUCGGUCGUAUUUCAGCGUCGAGUAACGUUCUUCAACAAUAUAGGAAGCAUUCAUCUGUUGGUCCAAGAGAGCUUACACCGACAAUGCUUCGUUCCAUUGAAGAGGCUGACAAGCCAGCCAAGAGGGGUAAGAAGCCAGACACACAGAAGGAUGGACUGGUCACAAAACCAACCAAGGGGAAGACCCCCAAGAAGCGAAAAACUGAUAAAGCUGCUACUUCCCAACCUCAACCUAAAAAGCAGAAGCAGCCUGCUAGGAGACUUAUUCUUCAAUCCUCCAGUGGUUCGGAUUCAGAAUAUGUUCCUCCUAUGCAGAAGAACGCACUUCCUUCAGAAUCUGAGAGCGAAAGCUCUUAUGAAGAGGUUUCAGGCCGAGGUGACACUCCGCCUCGCUCCCCUACUCCAGGAAUUCCGGUUCGUUCUUCUCCUCUUUCACCUCCACCUGUUACCAUUUUAGUUUCUAUCCCUCCUGUCUCUCCAAUAACCACCUCUCAACCCUCCACUACAAUUCCCAUUUCCACUCCUAUUUUCACAGAUACAACCACUACCACUACCACCACUAAACCAAACUUUACUGUUCCCAAUCCACCUAGCGAGGAUGAUAACGAUGAGCCUAUAACAAAACAUCAUCUCAAGGAAGUAAACGACAAGCUUGAUGAACUGCUUUCCUCCUCUUCCUCUGGAGCUUGUUCAGACGCUGCAUUAAAAGCCUUAUUCUCUUCGGUCGUUGCUGAACGUAGUGCCUCUUUAUUUGCUGCAGCCAAGGCUAUUGAAGCCUCCACUUCCCAAUGUCAACAGGCUUCUCUUGCUAAUGCUGAAACUGUCAACACUUCAGUAGAGAAUCUUCAAAAGACUCUUCAAUCUGAGUGCUCGAACAUUGAAGUGGCACGCCAUGCCAUUGAAGAAGCUAAUGAAUCGUUCCAUGCUAAUGUCGAAGAACGUUUAACUCAACUAGAAGCGGACUUAGCUAUGGAAAAUCGGAUUAUGGAUGAGCUCGACAGACGUACGACCCAACUUAAACUGCAAACACACAAGCUGCGUACUGCUAAUGCUGAUAUUGAUGACCUCAAGUCAGAAAGGGAGGUUAUCAGGAGUUCUGCUGCAGAUGUUCACUCCAUCCUUCUAUCUAAUCGAUCUAAGAGUUUUGAACUCAUCAGAAAUGGUAAUAAUGAUGGACAAGGAGUUAGAGAGCCUGAAGGGCAUUACGAGAAACUCGUAAUGGCCAUCGAUGGUUCUAAAGGCCGUUUUGUGGGUAUCUUUGGAUGCCACCUGGAUUUGGUGAUACCCGAUGAGCAAGUCGAUUUUAGAGAACACCGAGGCUCCAUGAAGCUCAUCCAACAAUUCAUCAACGGUGGGAAUACGAAACGGUCCAUCACUGUAAUAGCAUUGAGACCGCGAUAA